AUGGAAGAGGAGGCAGGGGACACGACGAUCAACUUCUGGAAGGACCCUAACGGCGAGUCGUGCUGCAUCUGCGGGGAAGAGGACGCGGAGGAGAAGCACGGCGAGCUCGCCUGCCCCUACGACUACCUGGUGUCGCCGGCCGGGUACGUGCCCUGCAGGGCGAGGCGCGCCGUGUGGAAGGAGGACGGGGACGCGCCGUCCAGCCACCGCCUCUUCCUGCGGCGCUUCGUGCGCGUCACCAACCUGCCGGAGCGCUGCCCCCGCCCGGCUCGCCUCGCGGCGCUCUUCGCCCGGUUCGGGCCGCUGCGGAUGUGGCACGUCGCCAUGGACGCCCCCGCGGUGUGCAAGGGCUUCGCAUGCGUGGUAUUCGAGCGCCGGGAGGAUGCCGAGAAGGCCAUUGAUGAGCUCAACUGCUAUGAAUUUGACGGCCGUAGCUUGCGGGUAGACUGGUUUUAUCCCAGCGCGUGA